AUGCUCCUGCUCGAGCCUCUCAACUGUACAGCAGAGGAGAUAAUGCAGCAAGGCGCCAAAAACCCCGCUGCUGUUCAAAGGUACCUCGACUGCCUCAAACGAGGUUGGCUCGGUCAAGCCCUCUUUGAACGAUACACCUACGGCGAAUCUCCCGAGACACCUGUAGGGAUGCUACGAAUCAAAUCGAUGAUAAAUGGAAGAUUUGCCGAAUGGUUGAAACCCAUCGAAGAGGAGAUCAAGGAUGAC